CACUCGGGCUCUACACUCGAUUUCACGAGGCUGUUCUCUGUGAAUCGAUCGAUGUCUGCUUCGUGUGCUCUAACACCGUCUGUUAGGACAGAAUUAUUCAGCUCAUCAUCUAAAAGAUCCAUCUUUCCUGCUCAAAUUUCCCGACCCAGAAACAAAUGUGAAAUCAGCAGAAGGGAUUUUGCUGUGAGAGGGAUUGUUGCUUCUGGAGUUUCAGUCAUGGGUACUCCUUCUUCACCAUCAGCUGCUUCUCAAUCUGUUCAAGGUAGUGAGAGGCUAGCUUUCAAGCCAGAAGGGUAUAACUUUUGGAAAUGGAGAGGUCACAAGAUUCAUUAUGUGGUUCAAGGAGAAGGCUUACCUCUUGUUCUUAUUCAUGGAUUUGGUGCUUCUGCCUUUCAUUGGAGGUAUAACAUUCCUGAAUUGGCUAAGAAGUACAAGGUUUAUGCCUUGGACUUACUCGGUUUCGGUUGGAGUGAUAAAGCUCUCAUAGAAUAUGACGCCAUGGUUUGGACUGAUCAAGUUAUUGAUUUCAUGAAAGAGAUAGUGAAAGAGCCAGCUGUUGUGGUCGGAAACAGCCUCGGGGGAUUCACAGCUUUGUCAGUUGCGGUAGGAUUGCCCGAGCAGGUCACAGGAGUUGCACUUCUAAACUCUGCAGGACAAUUUGCAGCAGAGAGUAGAAAGCGAGAGGAAGCUGAAGAAACUGUGAUAACUAAGUUUAUAGUUAAGCCACUUAAAGAGAUUUUCCAACGCGUGGUUCUCGGGUUCUUGUUCUGGCAAGCCAAGCAACCUUCUCGAAUCGAAUCUGUCUUAAAGAGUGUGUACAUAAACACUGCUAAUGUCGAUGACUACCUCGUCGAAUCCAUUUCAAAACCUGCAACAGACCCAAAUGCUGGAGAAGUAUACUACAGAUUGAUGACAAGGUUCUUAACGAACCAGAGUAAAUACACUUUAGAUAGUGUUCUAAGUAAGAUGACUUGCCCGCUUCUGUUGGUUUGGGGCGAUCUUGACCCGUGGGUUGGUCCUGCUAAAGCCGAGAAGAUCAAAGCAUUUUACUCGAACUCAUCGCUCGUGCACUUACAAGCAGGGCAUUGUCCUCAUGACGAAGUUCCGGAAGCUGUAAACAUAGCUUUGUUGGAUUGGUUGUCCAAUGUAGUUUCCAAGCCAUCAUCCCCUAAAGCCAUGGAGAUGUAAAGAACUCUUUCUUUUUUUUUGUUUGUGAAGGAAGUAUAUAGUUGUAAAUACAUUGUUACCACUGCUUCUGGGAUUGUAUAAUUUGAGAAUUAGCUGAGGAUAUGAUUAGGAUUCUGACUUAAGAGCAAAGUUUGGAUCAAGCUUUGCUUAAAAAGAAUAUGGAUGCAAAUGAUAUAGUGGGCAAGUUGCAGUGAGUUGUCC